UUGUGUUCUAUACCUUGUUCUCUUCUUUGUUCUCGUCUGUGUUCUCUGGUCUUUGUGUUCUAUACCUUGUUCUCUUCCUUGUUCUCGUCUGUGUUCUCUGGUCUUUGUGUUGUAUAGCUCGUGGUGGUAAUACAUGCAGGGAAAUGGCGGUUAGAGCUGUGAUAUCCUUUCUUCUCCUAUUCCUCCCUGCAAACUCAAGCCCUGACUGCCCUCUCAAGAGUCUGCAAAAUGUCUGUAAGGGGCAGGAAAUCCAUAACCCAUUUUGCGAGCACAAGGUGUCCCGCCACUGCGAGGAUGUACAUAAGCAUUCACUCCGCCCAUGCCAUACUACACUGCACGAGGAUACAGAGGAAACGUGUAAGAUAUCAUCAUUCUCGAAAGAUAAAAGAUGUGGCUCCCUUCAACCGAACCAGACCACCACCCCGGAGGCAUCGCUGGUUGACCUUCGGCUGUACCACAAUGCUUCGUGGGGGGGUAUCAUCAACUUGACCUUCCCCGGCCUGGUCAAUAAUACGAUGGAGGAACUCGAAUUCCAGUACAAAUACAUCGGAGGCAUGUACGGAGACUCCUGCCGCCGCCUCUACCUCUUCAGCCCCCCCAACAGCACCCUCAUGUACGAGUGUCGCACCUUGAAUAAGUUUGUCAACGAGACUGUCAAUAUCCGCCUCACCGUCCAGUCUGACAGCGGAAAAGGCGCGUCUUAUCUCUUCAGAAAUCCGCCGGGCUUCAGGAUCGACCCCGAGAAGACUUGCCCAAGCGACUGGCACACGUUCUUCUACAUUCACCGAGACGCCAUUCACCACCGUAGUCAGAUUCCCGUCACGGUCCAGUCAUCCCCCUUCGGCCAGGUAGACUACGAGGUGAUGCUGGUCAGGUGUGUUGGGGAUGAAGAUGAGGAUGAGGAUGAGGAUGGUGAGAGUUGCCAACAUUAUAAGAAGCUGGGAUCAGUUGUUGAGCGGAGGAACACGAGCGAUGAUCUAUGGCUUGUAUAUCUGCCGAGGGUGGAAGAAUCAGGGCAGUACAUGGUUAGGGUGCAGAUACAGGCCGAUUGGUGCCCCCCUCAACCCCAAGGCUGUUAUGUGUCCGUCUCGCCCAAAUUCUUAGUAGUCACAAAACCAACUCCGAGGGGCACCGGGCUGACCUAUCUGUUGCUCGUCAUCGUCUUCUUCAUCGUCGCCUUCAUCGUCCAGCGCCGGGGGAUCAACAGGAAAUUGUUUAAACACAUGAGGGCCUGCCAGCCUACUGUCCUUCUGGCCUACCACCCCGAGAGCCUGCCCGCCCUGCACUUCGUCAACACCUUGGCAGACUUCCUGGAGAAUACCUGUUUUGUGCGCCCUCUCAUGGCUGAUAGGGAAGCACUUGGUCAGCCUUCCUCCACCUCCCCUCGACAGGACCCAAUUCAGUGGACGAAGACAGAGAUGACCAACGCCGACCGGGUCAUCUUCAUCGUGCCCAAGGACUCGGAGGCCCAGAGCGUGACCGUCCUGAGGGGCCUGUGGAUGGUGGCCCUCAAUCAUUGCAGCGGACAUGACUUCACCGCCAGCCAGGACAAGAAAGUGGCCAAAAUCUUACUGCCGACGAGUGGAUCUGUGCCCUGGCAGAUCGUGGACGUCCGCCGCUUCGACCUGAGCCAAAGUCCGACAUAUGUGGCGACCUGGCUGCACGGCGGGUCAUGGCUGGACCGAGUCUUCAUGUGGUGGCCUCACAUCAGGUCAUCCGCCAAGAAGAAGGUCACCCCCACCUGGCAGGAUGUGAAGUUAGCCGCCAGCGAGAAGGACUCCUCACUGAACCUGACCACCCUUGAGGCAUCCCCCUUGCUGACCUCACUUGAGAAGGACGUGAGUGUGAUGGGGCAGGAAUUCCCAAGCAUCUCCUUUCAUAAGCAAAACAAUGAUCCGGAAAAUGACGGUUCUGAUGAUGAUAAGGCUGACACUGGAGAGGUUUUUGAUCCUGAUAUUCCUGCCGUUGACAAGCUGUGUGGGUCUCGGGAAGGGGGUGGCGCCAGGCUGUCAUCAAUCCACGAGUCACUGCAGGAGGAGGAGGAUGAGGAUGUAUUGGAUAUUAUGGACUAAGACCUGCCUGAUGGAGCUUGGAGAUGCACUGUGACGGACAUCUUGGGUGUGUCUGGAACCUCGCGAGGCCGACAUCAAUCCACGAGUCAUUGCAGGGAGAGGAGGAGGAUGAGGAUGUAUUGGAUAUUAUGGACUAAGACUUGCCUGAUGGAGCUUGGAGAUGGACUGUGACGGAUAUCCCGGGUGUGGCUGGAACCUCGCACCACACCCAGGAGGCAGACAACCCACAACAAAUGCCCGGGAUAUAUCAAAACUCGGUCCAUAUUUAAACACUUUCGUCCCUCACAACAAAUAUUUUCCCAGGCCACAAAGAUUUGCCUGAUGGAGCUUGGAGAUGCACUGUGACGGAUAUCUCGGGUGUGGCUGGAACCUCGCACCACACCCAGGAGGCAGACAACCCACAACAGAUUCCCGGGAUAUAUAAAAACUCGGUCCAUAUUUAAUAACUUUCGUCUCACAAGAUUAGUCAGGUUCUCGUGAGUACUGUUCACAUUCAUGGUGCAGAGGCCUUGUCAAACUAUCCCUUGGCUCAUCAAACUACCCAAGGAAAUACCCACAACAACCUCUACCAAAGCCUUCUUAAAUGCCAGAGUGUAAACAAACCAAGCCCCCGGCCAUUUAAGGGUUCAAAAUACAUACUUUCGGCCUCAAACUUUGGGAGAUUGUUGCCGAAUCAUUGGUCGAUUUUUUGGUGUGCAUAACUCAUUUUUGCUUUUGACUCGGAAUUUCACUCAAAAUGCGGUCAAUGUUCCCUUGGCUGUGGAUUUCCUACAAGAGGACAUCACCAAGCUACAGGAGUGGAGCAAUAAGUGGCUGCUACAAUUCAAUGAAGAAAAAUGUAGUCAUACACCUUGGGAGCGGAAAUCCAGCAUACCAAUACCACAUGGGAAGCACUCCACUAUCCACCACAGAGGCAGAGAAAGACCUGGGAGUGUAUGUUACCAGGCUACCAGUGAAGGCGAAAUCCGUGCUAAUCGUAGUGGACGGGUUAAAUAUGGGUGUGUUAGUGUCUGGGGAAUCUUUGAGGAUAUGGAAGUACUUGACACCAGGAGAAAUGAGACAGUGAAAAAUGGUGGUGUGAAUAUCUUUAGUUUUUAGAGGCAGACUAAGGCCAUUUUGAAAUAUAGUUUGUGCUUAAAUGUGGGUGUGUUAGCCCAUGAGAAAUCUUUGAGAAUGUGAAAGUACUUGACACCAGGAGAAAUGAGACAGUGGAAAAUGAUAGUGUGAUUAUUUUUAGUUUACAGAGGCAGACCAAGGCCAUUCUGAAAUAUAGUUUGUGCUUAAAUGUGGGUGUGUUAGCCCACUGAGAAAUCUUUGAGAAUACGGAUUUACUUGACACCAGGAGAAAUGAAACAGUGAAAAAUAAUGUAGUGUGAGUAUCUUUAGUUUUUAGAGGCAGACCAAGGCCAUUUUGAAAUAUAGUUUGUGCUUAAAUGUGGGUGUGUUAGCCCACUGAGAAAUCUUUGAGAAUACGGAUUUACUUGACACCAGGAGAAAUGAAACAGUGAAAAAUAAUGCAGUGUGAAUAUCUUUAGUAUAGAGAGGCAGACUAAGGCCAUUUGUGAAAGAUAUUUUGUGCUGUCAUUAUGCAUUAUUUUAAAACGCCUUGCUCAUUGAUACAUUUAAUUUAGAGUAUGUAUUUCUUGAUUGUAUAUAAGUUUUACCAUAAGGGCUAAAUGACACUGUAUAGGUAGGCAGACCAUAUAGUGUACGUACCUGUGGAUUUUAGAACCUAAGACAUUUUUUUUUUCUUACAUUAGAGGACACGGCUCAAAGGCUAUAAACAGAGUACAAAAAAAAAAAAAAAAAAACGCUACUCGCCGCUCCUAUAAAAGAUAAAAGUAAAGAAUAGAUGAUAUUUCUUUACUGAAUAUUAGGUUUUUCAUAAGGGUUAAAUGACUUAGUAGAGAUAGACAUACCAUAUUGUGUACCUGUGCAUUUCAGAACUUAAGACAACAUAUGAUAUUUCUUUACUGAAUAUUAGGUUUUUCAUAAGGGUUAAAUGACAUAGUAGAGAUAAACAGACCAUAUUGUGUACCUGUGCAUUUCAGAACUUUAGACAACAUAUGAUAUUUCUUUACUGAAUAUUAGAUUUAUCACAAGAGUUAAAUGACAUAGUAUACUUAGACAGAUGAUAUAUUGUACCUGUGCAUUUCAGAACCUAAGACAACACAGUAUUUCUUGCAUGCUCAUUAGUUUUAUAAGAGCUAAAAGACAGAAUAGGUAGACAGAUCAUAAAGUUUAUCAUAACGGUUAAAUGACAUAGUAGAGAUAAACAGACCAUAUUGUGUACCUGUGCAUUUCAGAACUUUAGACAACAUAUGAUAUUUCUUUACUGAAUAUUAGAUUUAUCACAAGAGUUAAAUGACAUAGUAUACUUAGACAGAUGAUAUAUUGUACCAGUGCAUUUCAGAACCUAAGACAACACAGUAUUUCUUGCCUGAUCAUUA